GCCUUUCCACUUCUCUUGCCCCGCACAUGGCGGACCCCCGCCAACAAGUGCUCGGGAGCCGGAAGUCGCGAUAGGGAAUCUGUGAGGCUGCCGCUUUUCCUCGCGGGCUGCCGUUUCCUUCCGUCGACGCGUCGCUGCUGGGGCCAGUCGGCUUCAUGGCGGCCACGGGCGAGGCGAGCGCUGGGGUGGGAGCGGGACAGGGCCGCAGGAGAGCCUAUGUGAAGGUAGGCGCCGGAGGAGGAGCGGGGAAGCCGUAAAGCUUUUGCAAGGAUAAUGCUGUCUCCCCACGUGCGCGUGAUGUUAACGACGCGGGGAACGUUGGGAGUCGCUAAUACGCUAGAUUUGUUAGCGCUUCUUAUCCUGCUGUGCUUUUAAUUUGUCUCAGUUAUAGGCCGCCUUUUGUUCCGAGGAGCUCAAGGCGGUGCACAUGGUUCUCCUCCCCCAUUUCAUCCCCGCGAGGUAGGUCACCCACUGAGCUGCACGGCUGAGCGGGGACUCGAACCCAGGCCUCCCCCCAAGUCAUAGACCUGCGCUGUAACCAUUGCGCCACGCGGGGUCUCGAAAGACUUUGAGUUUCCCCCCGCCCCUAUUUAUUGUUGCCCUCACAACAAUCUUGUGAGGUAGGUUAGGCUGUGAAAUGUUACCAGGAAUACACAAUUAACGCGGAGAAAGAUGCAUAUACUGUGUGUGUGUGCGUGCGUGCGUGCACACACACAUGUAUACACACGUGCACUUUGAAAUUUAAAAAAAAAAGUUAAAUGCUCUACUGGUUCUUUUUCACACAGAAUGUUCCCUGGAACAUAACUUUCCCCCCUGUUAAUUCAUAAUUUGGAAAAUAGCCUUCAUUGGGUUCUGUAGUAAAUUGGGAAAAGUUAACCAAAGGUAGAGACUGAGGUUAUGUAGAUGGAACCUGACUGUUUUGACAUAUCCUCAGUCAAUAACUUUUCACAGACUUGAAGGUAGGCUUGCCACUAUCACAUUCAGUUGUUUUUGUGAAUUUUCCGCUAGUUUCUCAUGUUUUGCAAAACAGACUGUGACUGACUCUAGCAAUAUAUACACAUGCGAUAUUUUGAGUGUGAAAAUCACAGGCCCUUUAAAUAUAUGAAGGAAAUGCCAUAUUGGCCGAAAUAUAAGCCACACCAAAUAUAAGCCACACCUUUAAAAUGGGGGGGGGAUACCCAAAUAUAAGCCAGUAUGCUCCUGGCUGCAUACUGGGGGGGGGGGGUUGCAUUGCUGGCUGCCUUUCCCCUUCCUCACUCUCUCCCUUCCUGGCCUUGGGGGAGAGGAUGGGGAACUAUGUAGAGGCACUGCUCCUGGCUGCAUACCGUAAGGUUGCGAAUAUAAGCUGCACUUUAACUUUUCAGGGUUGGAAUUGGGGGGGGGGGGGGAGUGAGGCUUAUAUUCAGGCAAAUACAGUGUAUAGUUGUCCAAAUCUGUGUGCAUGCAGUCUCUUAGAGACUGGGCCUUCAUUUGAGUAGACAAAUGCUUCAAGCUGUUUUAGUCAAUUUAGCCACUUCACUUUUGUGGAACUAAUAUGAGAGCCAGUCUGCAUUUGUAGUUCUAGUAAAUACCACAUUUAUACAUUAGAGAUGUGCUAACUAUAAAUGUGAAAAACUCAGGAAACAUUGAUAGUAAACUGCUUAAAGGCCACCUUGGCAAUUAAGCAGUAUAUAAAUUUAAUAGUAAAUUACAGCUCUUUGAGUGUACAUUUGGUUGCAAACCCAGUUUUGUGCCAUGCAGCCUGUAGCUUUGUGAAGAUGAUAGGAAAAUCAUGCAAACAGGCCUGUCCCUUGUGUUGAGGAGCCUAUUUUUCUUCCACACCUACACCAUUACAUUUUCAAAGCAAUUGAGCUACUGAUACCAGAUCAGGACUAGUGCCACAGUAAUUUAAAGCACUCCGGCUGCAGUACAAAAAGCAAAGAUCUGUAUGCAGCUAUAUGUUCUAUGAGGAUUGCCUCUUUGUGUUAUAAAUUCAUGUGCUUUAUAUGCUUUCUGUAUUUUGUAAAACUUUUUGUAUAUGUAAUAUCUGCUUUGCUUUAAUAUGUGUUGUAGCACGUUUGCCAUAAUUGCUGGCUUCUAGGUUACCUUUAGGCAUAUGACCAGAGGUACAAUCAGUAAUCAAUGGAGAGCUUCUCCCUUCUUUCCCCUUUUCUUAUGAUCGCCUGGUUCAGAGCUGUUUGCAGGAGUUUUCCUUUCUUCUUCUGAGCAUGCUCUCAAUUCUACUGCAUCCUCUAAAAAUGACCUUGGUAGGGUCCAGGUGAUGGGUUUAUACAUAUUUGAACAGUGCUUUGUUACUGGUGAUUAUUGUACCAGCCAGUAGCAUUAUGUUAAAAGUACCUCCGAGCGCAUUCAGAGUCUGUUUCUCUUUCUGCUGAACAAGUGCAGUUUGCCUCAAGAAUGAAAGAAAAGCUUAUAGGGCAGGUGACGUAAACUGUUUGGGCUCUGUGCUUCUUUCUUCUAAGAAACUGAAUGCUGCUACUACCUCCAUUACAAGUAUACAGUGCAGAACUAAAUAACGUAACCUCCCUCACAUAAAAAUUCCACUCUCAAUACAUGGUGCCAGCUAGUCAGCAAUGCUGUCUUCCAAGAUAAUAUCCUCAGUAGAGCUGGUGGGAAACCUGUGAUCCCUCCAAGUCUUGUUGAACUGCAACUUCCAUCUUCUGUAACUACUACUACUACUACUAUUAUAUUUGUUUGUUUAUACCCUGCCUUUUUCCCUUGACAGGGGCUCACAGAUAAAGUAAGAACAACUAAAAACGGGGGGGGGGGGUUAUUAAAAAAUUAAACAUUAGUAGAACUAAAACUAUGGGUGGGCAAUCACAGAAACAAAAACAGUGUGGUACCCAUCUGCCCAUUACAAACUGUCAGUUUUCAAAAGCAUGCUGAAACAAGGUGUCUGGCCGGAGGACUCCUAAGAGGGAGCAAGUCUAACUUCUCUUGGGAAGGAGUUCAAACUCUGAGAACAGCCACCCAAAAGGCCCUGGCUAGAACUGAUGGGUAUUGUAGUCCAACAACAUACUGAAGGCCACAGGUUCUCCAUGCUCUGCAGUGUAGGGAUUAAGCAGACCAAUUCACUCUCAUCCUCUGUCCCAACCCCUUUUCCAUAUUUUAUUUUGCAACUUGCAUUCAAUGUUCCAUGGCUCUUAAGUCCUCAUUAGGCUGCGUGGGUUGGAAUUGUUCCCUUUGGGGUUUUUUGUUUUGUUUUUUAAUGUUUUGCUUGACUCCUUUGCUGUUGGCCUUUUCACUUCUGUGGCACUCCCAUGUACUGAAUUUCUGGGGUGGAGAGCCUUUUCUACUUAUGUAGGCUUCUCAUGUAAUAUAGAACUAUAAUCUUCCAUGGUUGAUAAAUGGGCAGAGGGGAAAACUCCUGAGUAGGGUUACUAUAUGUCUGAUUCCUGGUUCAUUAAACUCCCUCCCUCCCCCCUCUCAGUCUGCUAUCAACAGUCUGUAAUGCUCGCUAUUGGAACAAGUGGGAGCUGCAACAAAAUGUUGCAGUGUAAAGCUAGCCAGUCAUGUCCUGUUCCAAGAUGCUCAUGUGAAAGCUCAAAUAUAAUGCAGAACUUAAAGCAGUUGCGGAAAAGGAGUAAAAACUGAAUCAACUGCCAAGUGAAUGCAGCCUUAGUCAGUGGAUGCAUUGACCAGUUUAGCAUCCUGGCCCAGCCCCCUGCUUCCCAACGCACUCACUCUUCAACAUGUAAACUAUUUAAUUUAAUUGUGUUUUUAUUUAAAUUCUGUUUUUCCGUCAAAAGGACCUUCAGUCAGCCUCACUAAAAAUAAUACAAUUACGUAAAGGUAAAGGUACCCCUGCCCGUACGGGCCAGUCGUGUCCGACCCUGGGGUUGCGCACCCAUCUCGCUUAAGAGGCUGGGGGCCAGCGCUGUCCGGAGACACUUCCGGGUCACGUGGCCAGCGUGACGAAGCUGCUCUGGCGAGCCUGCAUCAGUGCAGCACACGGAAACGCCGUUUACCUUCCCGCUAUAAAGCGGUACCUAUUUAUCUACUUGCACUUAAAUGUGCUUUCGAACUGCUAGGUGGGCAGGAGCUGGGACCGAACGACGGGAGCUCACCCUGCCACAGGGAUUCGAACUGCUGACCAUGCAAUCGGCAGGUCCUAGGCACUGAGGUUUUACCCACAGCGCCACCCGCGUCCCUUAAUACAAUUACAUACUGUAUCAUAAAAAAUAUUUCAAAGUAGUCAAUAACAAUGCAUUUGAAAGAAAUAUAUCCCAUUUAUAGCAGCAGAAAAUAUGACUCUUAAUAUGCUCAACAUCCAUAAAGCCUGCCAGCAGAGAAUGGUCUGGCCACCUAAAAAUAUUUCGUUGAGCUAGUGAGAAUUUUUCCAAGCAUCAUCAUCCCAAGUGCCUUGCUAAAAGUUGUCGCUUGACUGCUCAUUUUCCCUGCAGCUCGCUUCCCUGUCUCUGCUGGCACUCAUUCCUCUUUGCUCCACAGUGAAACUCCUAUGCUCCAGAGAUCAUGGGUGCAAUUUGACAGUUGCAUUAUUUUUCUAGCAAUGACCUCCCUAUUUUCCAAGGCAAAGAUAGGUAGACUAGUACUGUGGAGGGUGAAAGGGAGGAGGCAGCUGUGCUGGGUAGGGUGCAGAAGUAAGUUUGCUACACUUUGCAAUUUGGUUAGUUUCCUAGAAAUAACUGCCAGGAAAGUUGAUGUGACAAAUAGCAUCUGUCAUCUUAGAGCUAAUUCCUACAAAUGCUUCAGCACUUAUGUGGUGCCAAAGUGGUCAAAAGAAUACCCAUGCACAAUAAAGAAUCUGAACCCUUUUGGUAUUGUGUGCUAAUGCACACUCGCCUGGGCCUUUCAAUUGUGUUGAAGCAUUUGCGCAGUUUGUUCCACCCUGGUUUUGCCUUGGGUGGUUGAUGAAGACUGCAUGAUGCCAUGCUAAAGAACACUGAAGAAAUCAAACACAGAAGAAUCUGUCCAUUAAAAAUGGAGUUGUAGAAGUGUAGAAGUACAAGCCUGUUCUCCAGAAUGGAAAAUGUAAUCCUGAAUUUGCUGGUAUUUCUCCUCCUACUCUUUCAUCUUGUUACCCUGUCCUGCUGCUGAUGGUGUAGUGCCUUCUCCCUUUUAAAAAAAUCUUUCUGUAAACACCAGCAGUUGUUGCUUGCUUGCUUUCUAGCACCACCUGCCAUGGUUUUAAUGAGCAUUUCAUAGGGCACCAGCAGUUUAGCUUAGUGUAAUGUAAUAUUCUUGCCAUCUUCUGUUCUUACAAAAAUUGGCUGCUAUCCUACCUUUCUUUAAAUGUGAGCAAAACUGAAGCACCAGAUGUUGCAACAUUCAUCAGGGUAAAAUAUUGCCAGUAACAACAUUAUUCAAAUCUUGAUCCUAUCAUUUUAAGCAGGGUCUGACAGCAGAAAACAGUUUUGUACAUCUGUUUCUCUAUCCCAGAUGGGAUGAGGUCUUCAAACUAGUAAGAUAAUUUUUUUGAAAACAAGCAAUGUUCUAUUGGAAUUUGUGGUGAAUUCGUGGGAACUUAAACAAACCAUUAAAAGCCUAAGUUCAGUGUUUAGCUGCAGAAGUGAAAUGCUUGCGCACCCAUAAUGCAAAUGCUUGCAGAGGUGGGAAUAUGUUGCUCCCUGUGACAUGUUGCUGCGAAGGCUUGAGCCUGAAAAGAGAAUGCAAAAUGCAAUAUUUCUUAAGAAGUAAGGCAAGAAAAAUGAUAGUGUCUUCAGCUGAAGCAUCCGGGACUUUUGAGAGCAAUUCUAUCAUGCCCUCUUGAAAAAUCUGCUCUAGAAGAUCAGGAGGCGUUCAAUGCAGUGUGAGAGGCUGCAGCCUGAAGAGAAAUUUGGUACAGACCAUGUGCAUAAUAAGCACAGUGUUCUUUGAAUUUUGGCCUCUGAAAUUAGUUGAAACAAAUGCCAUAUCUGUGCCAAUACUAGAAGAUGUCUUAAAAAUGAUCCUAGUUCUGAGUAAAAUCUCAGUUUGGCCUUUUGAAAAACUAGUUUGAACCAUGGAUGGACACAUGCACAUGUAUGACUCAUGGAGAUGGAAAACAGCAGGGGAUUUUAAUUUUUUUUGCUGCUCUGAUUUGGAGCUUGUCUGCAAAAUUUAGAUAUCUGCAAUGUUACUUCUUGCUUAACAGCUUCUGCAUAUAUGCUUUGCUUCCGUCAUUCUCCUUGCAAAUUACUGGCUUUUCCUUCCGCUUGAAUAUGAACUGCAUUAGAAAAACUUUCUUAAGGAUGCUUCCCUCCUCCUCAAUUAAAAUAAUAAUGGAUGUGGUCUGAAGGUGCAUCUCUAAUGUGGGAAUACUCCUGUGUGUAUCCUCCUAGUAUAGCGUGUAUGAGAUGCCUCGUACAAAGACACACGUUCCAACUGCUUCUGUCCACAUCUUAAAUUUUACACAGGAAGAAUCCAAGAGAUGGGCUUGAGACUACUUUCCCAAGGACAUCUACUAGACUACUACUAUCAGUAUAAUUUUUAUGUUUAAAUCAUACCCCGAGGUUUUGAAAACAUUAAGAUUGUUGCAUCAGAUCUGUUAGUAGACCCUAGGUAGAACCUUGAUUUUUGAAUUUUUAAACAACUUGACAUUUUUUGUUUUGGACAGAUGAAGUUGAACUUAUUUUCUGGAAAGCUCGGGAUUCAUAAUGCCAACAGUCACACUAAUACAGAUAACUGUUAUUGGUUUGGCAGUCUUACCAGUGAGCAGCCUUUGAGGAAGUCAGUGCCACUGUAGCUCUUAAAGUACCCUUUCAUUGGCAAGGGACGCCAAUCCAUCUGGCUUAACUCUCAACUAGGCUAAGCUUCUUUUCGUACCCACUUAUUGAGGCUACUACAGACUUGUCCUAGCAACUUGCAUUCCUUUGGUCUCCAUAUCAAAUGCUUCUUAAAUGGUAUGGCAGUUGCACUGACAUGCCUACGCCUAUCAUGGAAGCUGCUGUACUUCUGCGCUCCGGAUGCCCGUUUUUACCCAGAUUAAUGCAUUCUGGUAGCAGAGGUUUUGUACAAAAUCUUAUGGCUGCCUCCAGAUCAUAAGACAAAGGCAAAAGUUGCCUGCACAAUCAGCUGUAUUGUAUAGUUCAGCUGAAUCCUUGAACAUCCAUAUUAGGUUUGUUUUUAUUUUGGGUCUAGUUGAAAGUAAAGGUAUGCAGCAUGAAUCUCAUUUCCUUCACUGCUUUCUCCAGGCUAAUCGUAACAGCUGCUAAGGACGACAAAGACAAACUGUAGACAAUCAAAUAUAUUGUACUGGUCAAGUAAAAUGGAUCCAUGUUCAGUAGGAAAUCAGCUGCAAGCUAGCAGCGAUUGCCAUAAAACAUACUUUACCUGUCACACUGGAUUCAAGACUAAGCAAGAACUAUCAUCAACUGAUCUGUUACUCCUUCAGCUUAGGACUGGGAUAACACUUUCAGAGAACGAUACAAUCUGCUUCCAUCAUGCUAAAGUUUACCUUGAUAGGUAUGAAGACUUGCAAAAGUCGUGCUGUGAUCCUUUUAAUAUGCACAAAAAGCUUUCAAGGAAAAACUUGCAUGCAAUUGACAUAGACGAUGCAACUGUUCUAAGUGCCAAGUUUGGACGGCAGUUUAUACCUGGCUGGAAACUUUGUCAAAAAUGUACACAGAUAAUAAAUGGAAGUGCAGAGGUUGAUUCUGAAGACCGUCAGCGAAGGAGACUUGAUUCAGACGUAUGUAUAUGGGAUAAUUUUUUUCACCUAUCUAUUGGACUUAGGCUGCAAUCUUGUGCACACUUACCUGAGAGCAAGCCCCAGUGAAAAUGCUGUUCCUUAAUUCGAAGUAAUUGUGCCUGUGGGUUGGGCUGUACUUAACGUAGAGCAUCGCUAAGAUAGCUAUUAUUAAUUAAUUAACCCUCAGGUACUAAUGGUAUGCUAAAUACUAUGCAAUUUCCACAUGUGUGGUCAUCACUUGAUAAGUGCAACAUGAAGAAUUAUGUGAAACAGCCAUCAUUAGUCAAAACUUAACAAAAGUCACUCUGAUAUAACCUCACAUCAUCUCAAAUGUAGUAACUGGCAAUAGAGCAUUAAUACAUGUAGCUGCAGUUCCUCACAUGAUAUGUUAUGCAUAUAUGUAUGAAUGUGCCCUAAGUAAGUCUAACGUGAUUAAUGUGGAAGAAAGAGCAGGGCUUGACACUGGAAUGGUGAAACUGAGUAGAAGUGGAUUAAUUCAUAGCCAUGUAUAAAAGUUGGAACCACGGCAGUCUUUGGGGAACAAUGAGAUCUAGUCUACACAUACAACAGAGCAAAGUGUAGGAGUUCUGACGGGAUUGAAUCGAUAUCAUUCUGCCCCCUUAAAACUUAUUUCAUCACUUGAUAGAGGGGGGUAUCUAUUCCUAGCAAUAAAAAGCAGCAUGAUGGAAGAUGUACUUUGAAAUGGAAGUUAUUCUCCAGUCUUCAUCUAAUGAAAACAUACAGCAGAUAAUUUUUUUAAAGAUGAGGUCAAAAGAGAACUGAAAAUAUGUCCUGUUUACUUAUUAAAGUAGGCUUUCACUAUUUCUGUUUCCAUUAAUUUGCACCAUUAGAUAUAUACUCAUAUCCCGCUCACCUGCUCCACAAGAAAUUGCCAUUGCUUUUUUACUUUACUUCCUAGUGUUUAGAGAGACCUUACGAGUGGUCAGGUGGCUAAGAUGUCAUAAAAUUAAAAUACGUGUGUUGGGGGAGAGGGAUGCUUUGUGCCACAGCAUACAGCAACCACUUGUGCACAUUUUUUGUAUUAACCUGUAAUAAUCUUCCUUGACCAAGAGCAAUUGCUGGUGGAUACCCUGUUCAUGUAGACAGGGAUUGAGGGCAUCUCAACCUUAUCCCCCUUCAUAUUCAUGAACUGAGCAUUUGAAGGCAAUGACACUCAACGGAAAGGUUUUUUUUACAUUUGGCCCCAGCUUUGAGCCUCUUUUUAUCUAAGAAGUGACAGCAUUCUAAUUGAUUAGCAAGCCUCUGGUAGUGUAUGCAUUAAGCUUUGUAUUAAUAGUUCCAAUGAAAUUGUCUGUAUCUGUUCAGGGACGUACAGCUAAGGCCUUGAAGUCCUUACAGUUUGCUAAUCCAGGACGACAUUCUGAAUUUGCUCCAGAAGCAAACAAAAGGGAAAAAAGAAGGCUGCAGACAAAAAGCACAUCCAACAAUUCAGACAGGUGAGCUCUUUUCCUCCGAUGAUUACACUUAUCCUUGCUUUCACGCCCUUGGGGGAAAGUCUUUAUUUGCAUCGGGACCAUGCUUCAAGUCUGCUUAAGUAGAUAGAAUCUCUUUUCAUUCAAGUGCAUAGAAAUGGUGUGAUAAAAAUCCAUUGUAGGGCAUGGAAAAAACCUUGAAGAAUAAAGAAUUGCCACACAAUAAUGCUAUUGGAGCAUCUGAAUUAAUCCACAGAAUAGCUAAAAGGUGACUGAUCCUGCCUUUUCUGUUCCAAAGUGGUUCUGAACAAAUCAAUUCUGUACUGAAGCAGGAAGGUGAAUGUUGAUUAGAGUUGUCCACAGCAUCAGUAGACUCCUUUCAGAUAUAACAUGUGAUCACACCUUAGAUAGUAAUGAUGCCCUUCCCCAAAAUUAAUGAACCCUAAAACAUUCUGUCCACCGUUGCAAAGGGAAAGAGAAAGGAAACAGAAUUGCAUAGCCUAUGGACAGACAUGACAACCUGUUGCAUGGACAGACUCUGUCAACAUGUUUCUGUAUGUAAUGGUGCCUCCCUAGAACCUAAACUUGCCCGAAAUUUAUUGGCAGUCUCUGUGGCUAAUGUAAUGUAUGGCUUUUGAUUCUUGGCAUAAGAUUAGCAAAUUCAGAGCAAAUUCACCUAAAAGUAGAUUUAAACUGAAUUGCCAGUGACUUAAAAUGGAGUCCAUUGUUACAGACUGCUGUUAAUUCUGCUUUCUUUCUCCUCCAGGCAACUCAUACCAGCAAAGAGCAAAGUGUACGAUAGCCAAGGCCUUCUGCUUUAUAGUGGGAUAGACCUCUGUGACUGUCUUGAUGAAGAUUGCCUAGGAUGUUUCUAUGCUUGUCCCAAGUGUGACUCCAGCAAGUGUGGACCUGAAUGCCGCUGUGAUCGCAAGUGGCUAUAUGAGCAAAUUGAGAUAGAAGGAGGAGAAAUUAUAAGGAAUAAGCAAGCGGUAUAGCUUGCACGUUGAAUUCAAGUAAUGAGCGUACAUGCCAAAGGUUUUCACUUACAAAAAUGCAUAAACUUUGUUCAGGUUUCCAGUUAGUGUUUGAAGUGGUAUAUGAAAGUUGUAGCUCAGAGUUAAUUUCCCCUUUUUGGCACCCUUACAAAAAAGAAAAUCUAGAACCUUAUUAAUGGGCAAGUGGAUUAAUCAGAACAGUGUUAUGCAUUUUGCACCAUGUACUCUGUAGAAAAGAUGCAUUUCCCAAGCGUCUCCCCUCUUUUCACCUGGGAGUGUUGCCCAUUUCAGAAAUGUGACCAUUGAUUUCAUCACUUUAAUUGCUAGAAGCCAUGAGCAGUAUUAGCACGUAGAUCUGUUAACAACAGAUAAAAGGCUUUUUGAGAAGAUGGUACCACUUCAAAGAAAAGUAUUGGACCGCUUUGAAAUAUUUCCGUGUUUUUGUUUUUAAUCUGAAUACAAAUCUAUCUUGUGUUUUCAACAGUAUUUCACUGAUGAGGAGAAAAUAAUAAACCAAAGAUGUAACCUCAGGUAGCAUUUCCAUUAUGGGUUUGUUACUUGAGAACUAUAUAUUUGAUUCUCUAGGCAGUUGGACAGAGAAUUUCUAGGAUGAAUGACAACACAAUCCCAUUUAGCCUUUAAGAAUAUGUGCAAGUUAAUUAUUUGAAUUUUGACAUUAGGAGCACAAAUGGGGAACCAGGAGUAAUGUGUUUUAUAUUGCAAUCACCGAUGCUCUGCAUAAGGAUAUGUACAGAAUUUAUUUUCAGUAGCAAUUAAAAGGCUGCAUUUUUUUGCAGGGCCAUUUUCAUAGUUUUGACCCCAUAUGCAAUAAGGAAUUGUAUCUGUGUAAAUUAAACUUGCCCUUGAGGAUAGAUGACUUUCCAUUUGAAAAUGAUGGUUAGGUGGUAAAAUGUGUAAGACUUAAAAAGUUCCUGUUAAGUAUUAUCCUAGGAGUUUUGUUUGACUCCGCCUGUGUUCAGGAAUUUAUCCUGUUACCUGUAGUGUCCUAGGAAGGCAAAUUGUGUCAUGCAAAGCAAGAAAGCUGCAUAGGAGCUGGUGGAUGUUUGUCCCUAAAUUCAGGAGGAGAUGGAAUUGAAUCCAUAGCCCUGAACUUGGAGUUCCAUGACUGCUUUGAGGGGCCCACGUGGAGCUACUCCCUUAUUUGACAUAAUUUAUUGAGGGGCCAUGAGGUCUGAGAACAUUGGAGUGUAUCCAAGGAGCUUCCGGAUUAAGUCAAUUGUGUCUUUACAGUAUUUGUAUGCGUGCAUUUAUUUAUAUAUGAAUACAAACCAUUUCAUUAUCAAUUAUGAUUGCAUUUUUUUACAAUUUGCAAAUGUCUGUACUUUAAAAGACUUAAGAUUACACCUUUGCUGGGGCUGCAUUAUAUCUGACUAAAUUGGGCAUUAGCAAAUCAUCUUGUAAAGAGAAAUCCGCAGUAGGAAUGGUUAUUAAAUUUAAAAUUGCUUCACUUGGUAUCUUUUUUUUAAAAAAGCAUUUUUCUAUCUAAAUCAACUCCAAAGCCUCUGUAUGCAAAUAGCUUUAUUGGGACCAACCAAAAUGUCACACAGUCAUUUUCAUAGGUCUUAAUAAAGGUAUUACCAUACUGUGGUUUUGGGCUUUCCCCCCCUAUUGUAUGAAUCAAUACAGACUUAAUAUUUUUUUUAAAAAAACCCGUAAAAUAACUUUAGAAUACUAUGUGCAACUUUGCUUGACUUGAUUGAUUUCAUAUGUUAUGUAGUAAAGUUCUUACAGCUAGGUACAGAAAACUAGCCAUCACCUAAAACUGUUUUUAGAGCCUGCCUAACUGCUGGCAAGUUAUUUGAACAGAUGGAUUUUUUUACUCUCCCUGCAAAGUGCCAUUCUGCAAAGCUUACAAUAAAAUAAAAGUACUUAAAGGGAAAAGUUUGACACCUGAACAAUGAGAUACAUAUAUAUGGUUUUAUCCAAAGCUGUCCAGGUGCGAGCAGAACAGACUUCUAAUCAUGCAAUCAGAACUUUGCUCCUGCAGCCUCUCAAAAUCUGCUCUGUGGGGUUGAGGAACCCCCGAGUAAAUUUGUGGAAUUGUAGAAAGGCAUAGAGGAAGAAGAUAUUAUGCUGCAUGAGCUCACUAUCAGUUUAAAAAUUUGGAUACUGGCAGAUAAAUAGCUGCAAGUCGCAUUGCAGCAUGCUGGAAUAGGAAAUCCUCUUGAACUUAAAUUUCUUAGUGUUGACAUCUACUGGCACUAACAAAAUGUAAAGCAGCAAUGCAAAUAUUGUGUUUGUCUAGUUUCUUCAACAAAAAAUUGAUCAAAUUUACCCUCAAAUGCUUAGACGUGUGUUUCAGUGACUAAUCUAUUAUAAAAUGUUAUACAGUGUAAUGGCUAGUAUGUAUUAGUAAUAUAUUUUUCUUUUCAUUUUGAUAUAGGUAUGUAUUGGUAAUCUGCUCCAGAUAUUAACAUUAAUUAAACAGAGGUUGCAGUUCUGUGCACAGAUACUUUGGUCAAUUCCAUGAAUACUAACAGAUAGUAUGUACUGCAUGCUGAAGUGAUUAGUUAUGCAGAAAAACUUACUCCACUUACACUGAAACAUUACUGCUAGUACUAGACAGCUGCAAACGAAGAUACACUAUUGAGUAAAUAUCAGGUAUUUUCUUUGUCAACUCACGUCUGAAGAUUCCUAUAUUUCUUAUCAUUUAUCAAAUCCUGUUAAUAAAUACAUUUAUUUGAGCCACAU